AUGAAGAAGCACAAACGACCUUCCGAAGAUACUUGUACAGAGGUGGUUGAACCGAUAGACAAUCGGUCACAUGAUGUAGAGGAGGAAGAAAUAUCAGGCAACGAUAAGAAACGAUACAAGCGACAAGACAGUCCCUUGUUGUAUACCAUUAAGCCAUUCUAUGUACCGAUGCCCCUAAGCUCUUCUACUCCUACUUGUACUUCUACGCUUACUAUCGAGCGUACACCGUAUCAAAAAGGUGUCAUCGUAUUUGGCUACGGUCAAUUGGAUCGGCUACAAUUCCCACUAUCCUACGAAAGGACUCAGGUUGACAUUCCAGAUUCCCAACUGAGUGAUUAUUGGACAUAUAACAAUUACUCGCCACGACACAUGAAACAUCGCUUCAAACCAAGUUCGCCUUUCAGCUCAUAUCGUUCUCCCGAACAGCGCUCAGCCUCGAUACCUUCUCCUCCCAUACCUGAUGAUAGGAGCACACACCGAAUAGUGCUCGGUCGAUCUCGCUCUGAUCAAGAUAUUAGAAGUCUGUAUGUCGCGCAAGAUACAGAUGGGGAAGCGACGGAGUGUGAUGAUCGAGAUCAAGAUCAUCUCGAAUUUCAGGAGCAUGGAGAUGUCACAGACAAUGAGAGACCUCGUCAUUCUCUUCCUCCUUCGUGUUACAACUCGUCGUCACCACCGAUGAUGCCGAAUCUUCUCCUCAAUCUAACAAUGGUGGAAGAUCAAUGCUCAAAGCCCUUCCAACCGCCUACACCCAAAUCCCUUUCCCCAAACUUCGCCAAUGGUGUUCUCAGCGAAGACGCUCCUAUCAGUUUUAGCUCUGACUCUACUUCUUCCAAAGCAACUCAUGGUAUUUCAACGCCUAGAACUCCUACCAGUUCGCUUGAUGCGAAAUACGCUUCUCAUGAGAUAGUGAUGCUGUCCAGUGGAGACCAGGAUGAUCCAAAUGAUCACCUCGAAGAAGUUCUGUAUUAUCAACAACAUCGGAAACGGCUCAAGUAA